GGGUGAUAAUUUUCUUUUCUUUUUUUCUGCUUGUAUAUGCUUCGAGGCAAAUCAACACUUAUCAAGUCGGUUCGCUCGAUUCGACCUUCUUUACUUCCACGCUUUUAUGCUACUUCUCGUACAGCUACUGUCAGCAGUGGUUGGAGAAACAAGACUUUAUUAGGUGCUGCUGCUGUUACUAGCGCUACUUUAGCUUUUGGUAUCUGGAAUACAAACCAAGCCCAUUGUGAUGCUAUUUCUGAUGAUAAACAACGUAGAGCAGAAGGCCCUAUCACAGACAGAGACCCUAUGCGUCUUCGUAUGGAAGCCUUUGUCAAGGGUCUCCAGAACCGUAUUGUGAACGAAAUUGAACAAUUGGACGGCAAGCAGUUUGUUCGUACCACUUGGGAACGUGCAGAAGGAGGUGAAGGCAUUACCUGUGUCUUGCAAGACGGUAAUGUGUUUGAAAAAGCAGGUGUGGGUGUCAGCAUCGUCUAUGGUCAACUGCCCAAGGCUGCUGUGGAACAAAUGAGACAUGAUCGUGGUAAGGAUAUUAGUGCAGAUGGCCCUGUCCCUUUCUUUGCUGCUGGUAUCUCUCUUGUCAUGCAUCCUCAUAACCCCAAUGCACCCACUGUCCAUUUGAACUAUCGCUAUUUUGAAAUUGAGAAUCCUGAUGGUACACCUAAAAUGUGGUGGUUUGGUGGUGGAUCUGAUUUGACGCCUUCUUAUCUGUUUGAAGACGAUGCAAUUCAUUUCCAUCAAGUGUUGAAAGAUGGUUGUGACAAGUAUGACAAGAAAUACUACAGUCAAUUUAAGCAGUGGUGUGACAAAUAUUUUUUCAUCAAGCACCGUGGAGAAGCCCGUGGUAUUGGUGGUAUCUUCUUUGAUGAUUUAGACGAUAAACCUGCUGAAGAAAUCUUUGGAUUUAUUAAGGAAAUGGGCAAUCGAUUCACCACAUCGUAUAUUCCAAUCAUGAAAAAGCGUAUGCAUAUGAAAUUUACGCCUGAAAUGAAAGAGUGGCAACAAAUUCGUCGUGGUCGUUAUGUUGAGUUCAAUCUUGUAUGGGAUCGAGGUACUAAGUUUGGUUUACAAACACCCGGUGCUCGUAUUGAAGCCAUUUUGAUGUCUUUGCCACUUACAUCGCGUUGGGAAUACAUGAAGGAAGCAGAAGAAGGUUCAAGAGAACAAGAUUUAGAAGAAGUUUUGAAGAAUCCUAGAGAUUGGAUUCCUCUUGACUAGAAAGAUAUAUCCAUUUUCCCCUUUUAUUAUUAAAAAGACUCAUUUCAUCAGACAAGU